AUGAUUACAGAAACGAUACGACGAGUGAACGGUUAUGAGAAGGAUGCAUACACAUACUAUCCCGUCAUUAUUGUCGGGGCUGGCGCAUCUGGCAUUGCCAUGGCCUGUCAACUGAAGCAGCAACUUGGCUUUGAUCAGUUUCGCGUAUUCGAUCGUCAAGCAGGCAUUGGAGGAACUUGGUGGAUAAAUCGCUAUCCAGGUGUUGCAUGUGAUGUACCCGCCGUCUUCUACUCUUUUAGCUUCGCUCAAAACCCGAACUGGACCUCGUUCCACCCUCCCGGCAAAGAAAUCGUACGCUAUUACCACGAAGUAUGCGAGAACUACCGCAUCACAGACAAGUUUGAGCUCAACACAGAUAUCGAAAGCUGCAGAUGGCUAGAAGAGGAACAGUUGUGGGAGGUCACUCUCCGUCGUAUGGUAGCAGGCAUGGGCGACCUCUCAUCCAAGGAGCGCAUAAAGAUCGCACAAGAGAAGGGCGAGCAUGCAGUAUACUCGGAGACUGAGAUUGUGAAAUCAAAGGUUGUGCUCAGCUGCGUCGGGGGUCUAGUCGAGCCAAGAGGCUGGCCUGACGAGAUCAAGGGCAUUGAAAAUUUCAAGGGCAACAUGUUCCAUUCUGCGAGGUGGGAUGAAAGUGUCGAUUUCACGGACAAGAACGUUGUCGUUGUUGGCACUGGGUGCAGCAGUGCUCAACUCGUGCCCCGCCUACCCAAUGCGCCGUACAACGCCAAAUCAGUCACUCAGCUCAUGAGAUCACCGCCAUGGGUUGUUCCAGCUCCGACACCGCCCGGUGGUGAUGAAUGGUGGGAGAAAAAUGGCCCCAAGAUUAUGAGGAACGUACCAGGACUCAAGGAGCUACUUCGUUUCCUUAUUUUUGCUGGUGCCGAAGCCGGUUUCCUUAGAAUGUUCCCCAAUACUCCAUAUGCUGAGAAAGGAAGGAAGGCCUACGAAGAGAAGACGCUCCAGAACAUGCGAAAACACGUUCCUGAGAAGUACUGGGAUAUCAUGACGCCAGACUACGGGGUCGGUUGCAAACGCCGCAUCUUCGACAAGCGGUGGCUGCGCAGUCUGAACGAUUCGAAAAUCGAGCUCACUACUCAGCCGCUGAGUAGGGUCACUGAACAUGGUGUUGUCAUCGGUCCCGGUGCGACGUACCCAGCCAAUGCAAAGAAGGAGGAUUACCCAGAGCGAGAGAUACCCGCAGAUGUCAUUGUCCUGGCAAACGGCUUCGACACGACACGAUGGCUCCAUCCGCUCAAAGUCAUUGGCAAAGAUGGAAAAGAUCUAGUACAAGUAAUGGAAGAUCGAGGAGGCGCCCAAGCCUACCAAGGCACGGCUGUCGAUGGUUUCCCAAACUUCAUGAUGAUCUUCGGACCCAACACAGCAACUGGGCACUCUAGCGUUGUCAUGGCCAGUGAGAAUAUGGUGAAUUAUUCCCUAAACUUCAUCCGCCUCCUCCUCACAAACGAAGCCCGCACCGUCGACGUCAAGCACUCCGCUGAGGUUGCCUAUACGUCUGAAAUGCAGCGUGCACUCAAGAAUACCGUAUGGCAGAGUGGCUGCUCAAGCUGGUACGUUACAGGCAAUGGUUGGAAUUCCACCGUCUACCCAUACACGCAAAUCGACUUCUGGCGGAGAUGCACCUUCCCAAGGUGGAACGACUGGAAUAUCGAGUACACAAGCAAGGGCAUUGCGAGGAUGAGGGCGCGGAGGGUGGUCAGGACGCUCGCGCUCGUGCUUGCAAUCGGUGGAGCGUGGAGGUUUAGGCAGAGUGGAUUGGGUUUGGAUGAUGUCAAAGGACUACUGAGAGGUGCGGUGCAGGGGUCUUUGAGGAACGUUAUGGAUGUUUGGGAGACAAUAAGGAAGACUCUUUUGGCUUGA